ACUUAACCCUCUCCCUCUUCAACACACACACACACACACAAUAAUGGCUUGGGCUUGGUCAUGUGUGAACUCACUUAGCUUCUUCACUAGUACUACUACAUGCGCUUCACUGGUCCUCCUCCUUAUCCCCCUCCUCUCCUUCCUCUUCCUCCAUCUCCGCCGCGUCAACCGCUGCAGCGUCGUCCCCGUGAAUUGGCCGGUGCUCGGCAUGCUCCCCGCCGCCCCGGCCCACCUCCACCACCUCCACGACCACGGCGUCCGCGUCUUCGCAGCGACGCGCUGGUCCUUUGCCUUCCGCGGGCCCUGGCUCCUCCGCAUGGACAUGCUCUUCACCUGCGACCCCGCGAACGUCAACCAUGUCUUCAGCACGCACUCCGCCAUCUACCCGAAGGGCCCGGACUUCGCCGACAACUUCGAGAUAUUUGGCGAGAGCCUGAUCAACACCGACGGCGAGACGUGGCGCGCUCAGCGGCGGAUGAUCCACAACCUCAUGACCAGCCGCAGGUUUAGAUGUUACGAGCUCCGCGCCAGCCGCGACAAGGUGGAGAACGGCCUCAUCCCGCUUCUCCGCCGCUUCGCCGAGUCGAACGCGGCGGUCGACCUGCAAGACGUGUUCUUGCGGUUGACUUUCGACACGACAUGCGCGCUGGUCCUCGGCGUGGACCCCGGCUGCCUGUCUGACGGCUUCCCGACCGUCCCGUUCGCCAAGGCGCUGGACGUCGCCUCCGAGGCCAUCUUCUUCCGGCACGUCGUUCCGAAAAUCGGGUGGAAAAUAUUGAAGUGGCUUGAAAUAGGGAGAGAGCGGAAGCUCGCGGCGGCUGCGAGAGUCAUGGAUGCCUUCGUUGACGAGACGAUCGCGGCGAGGAGGAAGCAGGUGGAGGCCAUGAAGGAAGGCGAGGCGGUCGAGCAGGCCGAUCUCCUCACAACGUACAUGCUGCAGUCGGUCGGCAACCGGAACUCGGUCGAAUUCGUCGAGUUCGAUGGUUUCCUCCAAGCCAACGCGAAGAACCUCCUGCUCGCGGGGCGCGACACCACAGCUGCCACCCUGACGUGGUUCUUCUGGCUCCUGUCGAAGAACCCCGACGUCGAGGAGGCGAUCGUCGAGGAGCUGAAGGCGAACUGGCCCCGACCGGCUUCGGAAGAAAGCACUCCGUUCGACCGCGAGGCGCUCGGAAAGCUCGUUUACUUGCAUGCGGCGCUGUGCGAGUGCCUGCGGCUGUACCCGCCAGUGGCGAUCCAGCACAAGGGGGUGUCGAGGGCCGACGUGCUGCCGAGCGGGCACGCGGUGCGGCCGGGGACGAUGCUGAUAUUCCACCUGUAUUCCAUGGGGAGGAUGGAGGGGAUAUGGGGGGAGGAUUGCAUGGAGUUCAGGCCGGAGCGGUGGAUCGUGCCUGGGGGCGGCAGCGGCAGCGGUCGCGAGAUAAAGCACGAGCCGGCGCACAAGUUCUUCGCGUUCAACUGCGGGCCGCGGUCGUGCCUGGGGAAGGAGAUGGCCUUCAACACGAUGAAAACGGUGGUGGCCGCGAUGCUCUACAAUUUUCACGUAGAGGUGGUGGAGGGGCAUGUGGUGGAGCCAAAGCUCACUAUCAUACUUCACAUGAAAUAUGGGCUCAUGGUGAGGAUAAAGAAGAGGGAUAAGAGUUCGUGGUAGAGUAUAUAUUUAUAUAGAGUUAAGCGCGCUUUGGUACGUACUUUUAACGGCAUAGGAGUAUUUGUGCUUGUAAGUUUUUAUCUGUCAAGUUGUCUCAAGAUUCAUAUAAAGUUAUUAACGAUAUGUUCUGUUAAAUCUUC